GGGGGUGAGAGAGCUUUUUGAAGUUGCCAGGGUCCUGUGAGGCCACAUACACAUGUGCACAGGCAUGCGUGUGUGUGUUUGUGUGUGUGUGAGGGCCACUUGUGCCUGAGUGUGAGUACAUCUACCUGCUGCUGAUCUCUGUCCCGCAGAGUGAGGGAAUGGCAGAGUCCAGAGCUGCUCCCUGAUUUCUCGGUCACCAGAGCCUGUGAGCCCAGCCCACCCAUGAGGAUGCCAGGACAAUGGCAUCUCUCAGCUACAUCUUGGUUCUUUGUGUGGGUCUCCUUGCCAUGGUCAACGCAGAAGCACCACAGGAACAUGACCCAUUCACUUAUGACUACCAAUCCCUGCGGAUCGGAGGCCUUAUAAUCGCCGGGAUUCUCUUCAUCCUGGGCAUACUUAUCGUCUUGAGCAGAAGAUGCCGGUGCAAAUUCAACCAGCAACAGAGGACUGGGGAACCUGAUGAAGAGGAGGGAACUUUCCGCAGUUCAAUCCGCCGUCUGUCCACCCGCCGGCGGUAGAGACACCUGGCGCGAUGGACACCAGCCAGGUCCCGCAGCUCUAACUAGGCUGGGGGAGGGAGGAGAGAGGAGGAGGGGGCAAAGGGCUGGGGUAGCGGGUCUGGAGGGCUCUCCUGCCCCUCACCCUUUUCACCCCCACAGGAUUCCCCUGGCACUUGACGCUUCCCACCCACCUUCCGCACUCCCACCGCCACCCGGACUGCCCUCUUCCCUAGCCCUGCCCCCACAGACUCUGCCGCUCAGAUUUCCAAUAAAACGUGCUUUUCUCUCUUGA